CAUAUUUUCGCGAAUUACAAGAAACGGUGGCGUCGCAUAACUCAGAAGGUUGAUUGCAUUACUGACGCGUACAUAGUGAAGUGCUCUUCUUGCAGCCUCCAAAGAGUUCACAAUAAGAAAACAAAAGACAGAAAGCAAUACCAUGUAAAGUGACAUGGAAAGCGAGAGUGCGAUUAUAAAGGAAUUCGAUUCCUCAACCCAAACUAGUGUAAACACUAUGUCUGCUAGGGUAAGUGUGGUGACCUUAAAUUUAGACCGAAAACUAGGUGACUUUAACUGUGUUUGCGUCAAAAUUGAGACUGAUGAAUGUGCCAAAUCAGAACAGGUUCUAUGGGAAGAGAGACAACCAGAUUGCAACAAACAAGAUGGCUUCAAUGUAGUACAUGAACAAACAGGAUGCUUUCAGAUUGAUCAAGAUUACACCAAACAAGAUGACUUCACCUCCGAAUGUGUUAAAUCAGAACAGACAGAAUAUGAAAUUAUGCAACAAGAUGUCGACAAUUCUGUAUGUGUGAACAGAAACACGAUUGCCAAUUCAAAUGCAUAUACAGCACAAGAUGAGCUCCAUUUUGUAUGUGGGCCAACAAAACAGUUUGUAAAUCCAAAUACAGACCAGAGUUAUAUAACAACGAAUGACCUCAAUUAUGUAUGUGGUACAACUAAGCAAUAUGUAAAUACAGAUAUGGACAAUGGAAAAAGAACAGAAAAUGAUCCCAAUGCUUUAUGUGAUUAUUCAAACGCAAUCGAGGAUCAAGCUCAAGUGGCCUACCUUAAUUCUGUAUUUCUGACAAGGGAAGAGAUUGAGUUUUCAAAUGUUGACCAAUAUUGUGCUAGAUCAACUGUGGGUGGAGAGACAAUACAAAAGGACCUUUACUCAAACCUUGAUGUUCAUAGACAUUCAAACUCCGAAAAAGAUGACUCAGAUGAUGACUUUGUAGAGAUAUUCUUGGAAAGAGACAAAAGGAAAAGUGAGAGCUCUCAUUCAACUCUUGCGGAACCAAAGAGAUUUUUAUGUGAAGAUUCAUCCAGUGGUGUGGUCCAGCCAAUGAGUCUUUCAGCAAGAGAUAGUGAAGAGAAUGCUUCGUCAAGGACUGCCCCCCUUUCUCUGAAACCAGUUAAGAUGAAAUUUAACGAAAAGGGUGACAGAGUGAAGAAAGUUAAGAGAAUGAAGAAAGCCAAGAUCCCAGAAAAAGACAAGACUGAGUACAGUCUUCAAGAGAGGAACCUGGCUAGCUGUAUGAACCUGGCACCUCGAGAUAAUGACAAGUUUCUCUACUGUGGAGAAUGCAACACGGAGUUUGAAGGGGACUGCCCUAUCCAUGGACCCUAUGACUACAUACAGGACAAAGAGGUGCCAGAAGGUGACCCACUUAAAGCUGACCAUACGGUGCCAGAUUGCCUUGAAAUCAAAACGUCCAAAAUAGCUGGAGCUGGUCUUGGAGUAUUUUCCAAGGAGGGACUGGAAUCCAGGGUCAUGUUUGGACCGUAUGGGGGAGAUAUCGUUGCUGACAACCAGAAGUCAGGAUAUUCCUGGCAGGUAAAGACCUUAAAGGAAGGCAAACCAAGCCAUUUUGUGGAUGCCCAGAACAAGGCCACCUCUAACUGGAUGAGAUACGUGAACUGUGCAAUGACAGAGGCAGAUCAGAACCUUGUGGCGUUUCAGUACAAAGGAGGCAUCUAUUACUGCACAUUGAAGCCAUUUUCACCAGGAGAGGAACUAUUGGUCUGGUACGGAGAUGAAUUCGCCAGAGAACUUGGCCUCAUCAGAGACAGAAACAUAUGCAGUUAUUAUUGUGAGGAGUGUGAUUUUGCGUGUAAACAAAGUGGUGAUUUGAAGAGACACAUAAGGAUACAUACAAGAGAAAGACCGUACAAGUGUGAGGAGUGUGAUUUUGCGUGUAAACAAAGUGAUCGUUUGAAGAGACACAUGAGGAUACAUACAGGAGAAAGACCGUACAAGUGUGAGGAGUGUGAUUUUGCGUGUAAACAAAGUGGUCAUUUGAAGAUACACAUGAGGAUACAUACAGAAGAAAGACCGUACAAGUGUGAGGAGUGUGAUUUUUCGUGUAAACAAAGUGGCGAUUUGAAGAGACACAUGAGGAUACAUACAGGAGAAAGACCGUACAAGUGUGAGGUGUGUGAUUUUGCGUGUAAACAAAGUGGUAACUUGAAGACACACAUGAUGAUACAUACAGGAGAAAGACCGUACAAGUGUGAAGUGUGUGAUUUUGCGUGUAAUAAAAGUGAUUAUUUGAAGAUACACAUGAGGAUACAUACAGGAGAAAGACCGUACAAGUGUGAGCAGUGUGAUUUUGCGUGUAAAAAAAGUGAUCAUUUGAAGAUACACAUGAGGAUACAUACAGGAGAAAGACCGUACAAGUGUGAGGAGUGUGAUUAUGCAUGUAAACAAAGUGGCGAUUUGAAGAUACACAUGAUGAGGAUACAUACAUUAGAGAGACCAUACAACUGUGGGGUGUGUGAUUUUGCGUGUCAACAAAGUGGUGAUUUGAAGAGACACAUGAUGAGGAUACAUACAGGAGAAAGACCGUACAAGUGUGAGGUGUGUGAUUUUGCGUGUAAACAAAGUGGUCAUUUGAAGAGACACAUGAUGAUUCAUACAGGAGAAAGACCGUACAAGUGUGAGAAGUGUGAUUUUGCGUGUAAACAAAGUGGUGAUUUGAAGAGACACAUGAUGAGGAUACAUACAGGAGAAAGACCGUACAAGUGUGAGGUGUGUGAUUUUGCGUGUAAACAAAGUGGUCAUUUGAAGAGACACAUGAUGAUACAUACAGGAGAAAGACCGUACAAGUGUGAGGAGUGUGAUUAUGCAUGUAAACAAAGUGGCGAUUUGAAGAUACACAUGAUGAGGAUACAUACAUUAGAGAGACCAUACAAGUGUGAGGAGUGUGAUUAUGCAUGUAAACAAAGUGGUGAUUUGAAGAGACACAUGAUGAGGAUACAUACAUUAGAGAGACCAUACAAGUGUGGGGUGUGUGAUUUUGCGUGUAAACAAAGUGGUGAUUUGAAGAUACACAUGAUGAUACAUACAGGAGAAAGACCGUACAAGUGUGAGGAGUGUGAUUAUGCAUGUAAACAAAGUGGCGAUUUGAAGAUACACAUGAGGAUACAUACAGGAGAAAGACCGUACAAGUGUGAGCAGUGUGAUUUUGCGUGUAAAAAAAGUGAUCAUUUGAAGAUACACAUGAGGAUACAUACAGGAGAAAGACCGUACAAGUGUGAGGAGUGUGAUUAUGCAUGUAAACAAAGUGGUGAUUUGAAGAGACACAUGAUGAGGAUACAUACAUUAGAGAGACCAUACAAGUGUGGGGUGUGUGAUUUCGCGUGUAAACAAAGUGGUGAUUUAAAGAGACACAUGAGGAUACAUACAGAAGAAAGACCGUACAAGUGUUAGGUGUUUGAUUAUGCAUGUAACGAUAGUGGUAACUUGAAGAGACACAUGAGGAUACAUACAUUAGAAAGACCAUACAAGUGUGGGGUGUGUGAUUUUGCGUGUCAACAAAGUAGGUCAUUGAAGACACACAUGAUGAUACAUACUGGCGAGUGACCGUACAAGUGUUAGGUGUGUGGUUAUGCAUGUAUCCAGAAUGAUUGCAUGAAGAAACACACAAAGAAACAUAUUUGGUUGUACCAAAGUGACCAUAGUGAUAAUUUGAAGAAACGCAUGAGGAUACAUACGGGAGGUGUGUGGCUAUCCAUGUAUCUUUGGGAGGAAGAUGUUAAAAAGUUUUAUGCGUGUGGUUAUCCAUGUAUCUUAGGGAGGAAGACUUUAAAUAGUGUUAGGUGUGUGGUUAUCCAUGUAUCCAUGGGAGGAAGACUUACAAAAGUGUUAGUUGUGUGGUUAUCCAUGGAAUUAAGACUCUAAAGGUUGUUAGGUGUGUGGUUAUCCAUGUCCCUUGAAAACUUGAAGCGCACACGAGGAUAAACAAGAAUAUAAGAGAAGCAAGAGCUUAAUCAUUAACAUAUAACAAAAUCUCUGAAACCAGUAGAGACCAAGUGACGUACGUUAUUUUACAUGACUUUAUGACACAAUAAAUCAUUGCUUUGUUAGAGCUGCAUUCAAUCUAAAUUUGUAUUUACUUGUCCAUUGUUUUUUACAAUUUAAUAUGAACAGUGACUGAUGCGCACACAUCUCCUUACCUGCUUUGCCCAUCUUCAAUUUUAAAAUCUCUGUCGCAUAAUUCACUAUACACUUCACUUUGGAAAAAUGGCGUACUGUUGUUCAUAUAUCACAUGAGUUUCAUACAAUGUAAUUUGCAUUUAAAAAGAUACUUUUUAUGCCCCCUGUAGGGUGGCAUAUAGCAGUUGAACUGUCCGUCAGUCAGUAUGUCAGUCUGUCCGUCCGUCCGAAAAAACUUUAACAUUGGCCAUAACUUUUUCACUAUUGAAGAUAGCAACUUGAUAUUUGGCAUGCAUGUGUAUCUCAUGGAGCUGAACAUUUUGAGUGGGGAAAGGUGAAGGUCAAGGUCAUCCUUCAAGGUCAAAUGUCAAAUAUAUGGCGUCUGUCCGAAAACUUUAACAUUGGCCAUCACUUUUUCAAUAUUGAAUAUAGCAACUUGAUAUUUGGCAUGCAUGUGUAUCUCAUGAAGCUGCACAUUUUGAGUGGUGGAAGUUCAAGGUCAAGGUCAUCCUUCAAGGUCAAAGGUAAAAAAAAUCAAAUUCAAAGCAGCAUUCUCAUGAAGCUGCACAUUUUGAGUGGUGGGGAAUUCAAGGUCAAAGGUCAAAAAAAAAUAUAUAAAAAAUCAAAGUGGCGCAAUAGGGGGCAUUGUGUUUCUGACGAACACAUCUCUUGUUUAUAUUAUUUAGAUAAAGAGCUUUUAUUAUCAUUGAGAGCAGAUGGCGGAGUACUUAAAUUUUGGUUAGUUUAAACUCGCUUCCGUUUAUAGGGGUUUGCAUAACAAAAGCAUUGC